AUGUCGACCUACUACGUUGGUCCUUUCGGCCGUAUGUUACCCGCUGCCGAUGCGCCCUCUGUGGAGCGAACGCCAGACCACCCAGCUAACCUGCCAGUGACGGGAUCCCAUCAAUAUCAACUCCCACCCCCGCGUGCUUCUGGAGCCUUGCAAUUUGGCACGGAUCCUUUUCUGCACCAUCGGAGCCAAGGAGUCAAAAGUGAAUUAGGAGGAACCCCCUCAAUCCGUUCCCAGAGCCCUGGACUACAGUACGCUUCCAAUGAGCAGCUUCCAUCGGUGAGCCAGCUAUUGACUCCGACGAUUCAAACCCCCCGAUCGCUGUCGCCCUACAACCCCAAAUGCUUUGGAAUCUACUUGCCUGACGGGGGAACGCCGCGCCAUCGCUCCCCCAGUGACUCCGGCCUGGUGGGCUCUGGGUCGCAGGAUGGCUUCCGCGGCAGCAGCGCCGCCAUGGACGCGGUCCCUCCACCACACCCGGGAAACUUGCCCUCACUGGCCCACUUCACCAUGCAGAACUCCAGGCGCGAGAGCCAGGGACCCCCCAUGGACUUUCGGGAAUCUCCCACGCAGCAGAUGCAACCGGGCCCCUUCUCCUCUCCAUUUACCUAUAGCGCACGGUAUCACGGGAGAGAACUCAGCGGAGAAUUGACCGGGUCGACCGUCCCCGAGUCCGAGUCGACACCGGCUGGACGUCCCCGAGCAACCAAAGUCCGCCCCCACGUUGUCGAUGAGAAGUUCAUCGAGGGAGCAGGCCUCUGCUACGUAUACGCCGAUGGCUCCCACUGCCCCAAAAACGUUGACGGGGAACCGGUCAAUGCCAACUGGGGCAUCACGAAGGCGGGGAAGCCGAGGAAACGGCUGGCACAAGCUUGCCUGACAUGCAGGGAAAAGAAGAUCAAGUGCCAGCCAAACCUGCCCAAGUGUGACCAGUGCCAGAAGUCGGGGCGGGAGUGCAGGUUCGAGAGUGCACCCCGUGGCCAUCGUUCGGCGUUCAGGUCUUCACAGACGAAUCGACCCGACACGCGGGACAGCAUGCUAUAUUCGGACCAUAUCAACUUCGGCUCCUCCAAUUCGAUGUACUCCCUCGUGCGGGCCUCAGACAGCUCAGUCUCUCUCACAGGAUCCAGCUCCCAGUCUCCAACAUCGGACGCUUCGAUGAUGACGCCGUCCGCCGGGGAUAGCAUCCACGACGGCGUACCCGAUCUGGAGUUCCGACACGGCUUCAGAACCCCAGGAACGAGGGGUGUCUCCAGCGGAGCCGAAGACCUGUCCAGACGGCUGACGGGGACAAUCGCCCCCAGCCUACUGCCCGACUACACUGAAAUACUAGCCGAGUUGAAGCAUCUGGACCCGCAGAACCCCCAGGUCAGUGCCUGGAGCAUGGACCCGUACGAGGUGGACCCAGAAGCCACCCUUCACUAUGUCGAAUGCUACUUCACCUACAUCAACGAUCGCCUGUGUUACUUGUUUCCGCGGCGACGAUUCAUUCUCUGGCUCCGAUCGUGCCAGACCAAAUCACUGAGCGAUAACAUGCUCCUUUUCGCGAUGAUGACCCUGGGAUCGGUGUUUUCUGAUCGCUCGGAUCGACUGGCGGCCAUGAAACGAUACUCACGCACGGCUCGAUAUGCCGUUGAGCAUAGCCGACAUAGCCUCUCCUUACAACUCGCUCAAAGUCACAUCAUCAUGAGUCUCUGGUACCACGCGGUCGGCGCUCUGGUCAAUUCCUGCGAUGCCGUCGGCGCGGCCGUUCGAACCGUGUGCGGGCUUCGAUACAAUGUCGAGUCGGGCAUCAUCGUCGACCAGAGCCAGCCUUGCGAGUAUGGAUUGCAUCCCCAGGCGCUCAUGGAGUGUCGCCGGCGAACCUUUUGGGCUACCUUUCUGAUGGAUCGUUUUUCCUGCUUUUAUACCGCAUCGUCCACCUUCCUCUCCUCCCAGACGGCCUACCUGAGACUUCCCUGCCGCGAAGAAGUUUACGAAGCGCAACAGUAUACGACGGUGCCCUUCUUCCAGAAUUUCUUGAACCAGCUCCCCGUGUCGCCCGAGGACGAGCUGUCGGGGAUCAGUACGAUGGCUCUCCUGAUUGAUAUCAUGUCACUGUGGGGUGAUGUGUCGGACUACGUUGUCCGAUUGUCUCUGGCCCAGGACGAUACGUACGGCCGGCAAUUCGAGGGGUUUCACGCCACAGUCACCCGACGGUCAGAAGGGUGGCUUGCACGACUCCCUGACCACCUGGCAUUUACAACGGUCAAUAUGGAGCGAAAUAUCCGAGCCAGAAAGGCCGAUGCCUUCAUGGCGCUCCAUCUCUUGUAUAACGCGACCCUGAUGAAGCUAAAUCGCCACGCCCGCUAUCAGUAUCUCCGUCCCGGGACCACAGACGGAUACGUCAACACAGCCAGACAGUGUGCCGUGAAGAUCCUCCACAUCUCCCAGUCCAUCGUGCGGUACGGCUCAGAGCACGAGACCUCCCAGCGGACCGUCGAGCCGAACUCCCCGAAAGGCACCAUCCUGAACCCUUUCCUCGGCUAUGUGAUCCUCUCCGCAGUCGACGUCCUCAGUGCCGCAGGCCUGAUUGCCGAAAUCCCCGAGUGCAUCAGUUCCAUCCGCGGUGGCCUCGACGCAGUUCGCGAGCUGGGCCGCUUCUGGGAUAGCUCUUUACCCCUGGCUACUCUUAUUGAAAGACGGCUGGAUGCCCUGGAAGACUGCCUCCGGCGCCCACUCGAGCUAGAAGGCAAGAUGGUCUUCCUUGUAGAUGGGACGUCCCUGGACAGUCAAGUCCACACUGGGACCCCUCAUCAGGACGUUGGAGUCGAGCACGAUCUCCUCUACGGUGGACUGCCCCGUGAAAGGCUCUUGAGUGCCUUGGGUGCUGGCGAUGUGUUGUUUUCGGGUGCUAAGAUUCUGUGGAUUCGGGAGGGGAAUUGA